UUUGUUCCCAUAGCAACCUUUCCGUUUCCGAACAUAAGUUUCUCAUUUCGGUGACUGUUUUGUAUUGCUGUGGCUCCUCUUGUUUAGUUUAACAAUCAAUUAAUUUAAUAUUGUGUUUAAUCCAAAAUGGCCAAGAAAAAGGUAUUUCAGAAAAAGGGCAAAUCCAAAACCGCCCAGCAGCAAAUGUUGCCCGUUGCUCCUAUGAAAAAGAAGCAUGAAAAUAAUCCAAUGAGAGCAAUUAGCAUCAGAAAGCUCUGUCUGAACAUUUGUGUUGGAGAAUCUGGUGACAGACUUACUCGAGCUGCUAAGGUGUUAGAACAAUUAACUGGACAACAACCCGUGUUCUCUAAAGCUAGAUAUACAGUUAGAUCUUUUGGUAUUCGUAAGAAUGAAAAAAUCGCUGUCCACUGUACUGUUAGAGGAGCCAAGGCUGAAGAAAUUCUUGAAAAAGGUUUAAAAGUCAAAGAAUAUGAAUUAAGAAAGGAAAACUUCUCCGAUGCUGGUAACUUCGGUUUUGGUAUCCAAGAACACAUCGAUCUUGGCAUCAAGUACGAUCCAGGUAUUGGUAUUUAUGGUUUGGACUUCUUCGUUGUUCUCGGUAGAGCCGGUUACAAUGUUAGAGAUAGAAGAAGAAAAAAGAACGUUCUUGGUGUUCGUCAUCGAGUAACAAGGGAGGAAUCAAUGAAAUGGUUCCAACAGAAAUAUGAUGGAAUUAUCCUUCCUGGAAAAGCUAAAUAAACUAAUCUUACCUUAAGUUGUUUAAUAAUUAAAAGAUCAACCUAUGGUUGGAAAUGUUAAA